UUUGGUUCAUCACUUUCAAAAUAAAUUGUUCAUCAUAUAUAUCGAUUGCAAUCAUCGUGUAAAUAUGAUUUUCUUUUGAUUAUAUCACCCUAAGGGAACAUUAUGACGGAUCAUUUUUUUAAGGUAUCGCAUAAGACAAGCGUUCGGAACAAUACGUACGCUAAAGCUUUAUUUUGAAGCUAAACAUAAACGUUUUCGCAUCCGUUUAUCCCGACUCUGCUAUUGAUUUCGAUGCCUUACAGCCCAAACUAGUCGAACACAGAACAUUAGAUUCGACUCAUUUGAAAAGAAAGCGCGAUGUUCAAUAAUAUGAUCAAGAUUACUGUACCUAAACGUCAAUUAUCGCUGCAAAUGGUGUCACGAAAGUAAGAGACAUACACAAGUGUCGGAAAUGUCGACAAAGAAGCUAGCUAAAGAAUUAGGACUGCUGAGGCAGCGUAGUAAAUCAUCCACCGGGCAAAAAACGACACUGCUUUCAAAUCAAACAUUUUCAUACCUGAUCGUCAUUGAUUUUGAGUCGACAUGCUGGCGAGAGAAAAACAACCACACUCAAGAAAUAAUCGAGUUCCCUGCUGUUCUUCUCAAUACAUCCACGGGGAAGAUUGAGUUGGAGUUUCACACGUAUGUCCAACCACAAGAGCGUCCCAUUCUGUCAGCCUUCUGCACUGAGCUAACAGGGAUCACACAGACGCAGGUGGAAGCAGGGGUUCCUCUACGGAUUUGUCUGUCUCAGUUUGGCCGCUGGCUGCAGAAACUACGCCUGGAGAAGGGCGUGGUCUUUUCUACCCAGCAACAGAGCUCCUCGUCUGAGUCGGACGGACAAAAGCUCUGUACUUUCCUCACAUGGUCAGAUUGGGAUCUCGGUGUUUGUUUGCACUUUGAGUGUAAACGCAAGCAGAUCCACAAACCCAACGUGCUCAACAGCUGGAUCGACCUAAGAAGCACAUAUAGGAUGUUUUACAGCAGGAAACCCAAAGGUCUUAAUGGAGCGCUACAAGAUUUGGGAAUACAGUUUUCUGGCAGAGAACAUUCCGGUCUGGAUGACGCCAGGAACACAGCUCAGCUGGCAACGAGGAUGAUGAAGGAUGGCUGUGUGAUGAAGAUCACGAGAAGCUUGGACAGGAUCCCCUUGGCUGUCAAACCCACCAUGCCAAACAUCAGCAAAUUAAGUGCUCACAAGAGCGUAAAGCAUCAGACUGUACAAAAUCAAACAACGUCCAGUGGAAAUAACAAUACUUGCCUAAAGCGUGAGAAUCGUGAUUUAGUUCAGAAUUUGCUGUCCCCAAAGACUGUUCUGGACGCUAGGGCAACACCACGAUGGGGCAUCCAGAACAACAGCAAUGGACUGAUUCUGUGCUCCACCGUCCUUGGUGACAUCAGACCUUCAACCUCAAAUUCUGAAAGUGUGGAGGACUUCUCUGUGGAAGACGAAGACCGCAUCACGUACGAUGAUGUCAUUUUGGAGGAUUCUGACGGAAUGCUCCUUUCAGUUCCUGAGGCUCCAAAUGUGAAUAAAUCAAAGGCACCACAUGUAUUCAAGCCCAAAUGUUUCUUCAUCCAAGAAAGGACAACCACUCCCAACGCCACCAUUUCACAUCCUGCAAGUGCCAUCCCAAGUGUAAGGACUCAAAGUGGCAGUGUCCUGUCCUUGUUGACGAACAACGGAAAGAUGACGCCGCCACUCUGCAAUUGUGGACGCCGGGCAAAGCGUCUGCAAGUGUCCAAUGGGGGGCCCAAUCAUGGCAAAGGGUUCUAUUGCUGUGCCGGGCACCGCUCAGGUGGCGGCUCAGGGGUUGGGGCGCACAAUAAUAAGGGAUGCCAGUUUUUCAAGUGGGAGUCCAGCCUAAAGACGAGGUGGUCUUUGUCGUCUACUCACGACAGAGCCAAGCCGUCGGCUCAGAGGUCGACAUUGAGAAAGAGCUGGUAACACAAGGGCGUAGGUUUGCAUCGGGGCGGUAGGGACAUAACACUACCAACUUUUCAGGAUCCUUAAAUUGUCCCCACCAACUUUUAAGCAACCUUAUUUGCAUUAUACAGUGGUAUGAAAAAGUAUCUGAACCUUUUGGAAUUUCUCACAUUUCUGCAUAAAAUCAUCAAAUGCGAUCGGAUCUUUGUCAAAAUCACACAGAUGAAAAUACAGUGUCUGCGUUAACUAAAACCACACAAACAUUUAUAAUUUUUCAUGUUUUAAUGAGGCUAGCAUGCAAACAAUGACAGAAGGGGAAAAAUAUGUAAGUGAACCCUCUGCCUAAUGAGACUUAAAGAGAAAUUGAAACCAAUUUUUACCAAACAUUUUAUGUCAGGUGUGUGCCCAAUCACUACUGAGGUUUAAAGCUGCCUUGCCCACUAUAAAACACACUGUGGGUAAGAAUUGUCUUGAUGAGAAGCAUUGUCUGAAGAGCUAUCUGAAGACCUGCGAUCAAGGCUUGUUGAUUUGUAUAAAGCUGGGAAAGGAUACAAAACCAUCUCUAAAAGUCUGAAUGUUCAUCAAUCGACAGUCAGAGGAGUUGUCUACAAAUGGAGAGAGUCUGGCACUGUUGCUUCUCUCCCACGGAGUGGCCUUCCACCAAAGAUGAUGUCAAGAGUUCAGCGCGGAAUACUCAGAGAGGUAAAAAAAGAAUCCAAGAGUGUCUGCUAAAGACUUACAUAAAUCGCUGGCACAGUCCAAUAUCUCUGUGCACACAUCAACUAUACAGUGAGGCAAAUAAGUAUUUAGUCAACCACUAAUUGUGCAAGUUCUCCCACUUGAAAAUAUUAGAGAGGCCUGUAAUUGUCAACAUGGGUAAACCUCAACCAUGAGAGACAGAAUGUGGGAAAAAAACAGAAAAUCACAUUGUUUGAUUUUUAAAGAAUUUAUUUGCAAAUCAUUGUGGAAAAUAAGUAUUUGACCAAUACCAAAAGUUCAUCUCAAUACUUUGUUAUGUACCCUUUGUUGGCAAUGACAGAGGCCAAACGUUUUCUGUAACUCUUCACAAGCUUUUCAUACACUGUUGCUGGUAUUAUGGCCCAUUCCUCCAUGCAGAUCUCCUCUAGAGCAGUGAUGUUUUGGGGCUGUCGUUGAGCAACACGGACUUUAUUUCAUUGUCCCAAAAACGUAUUUAUUAUGGCUGUCAAACGAUUAAAAUUUUUAAUCGAGUUAAUUACAGCUUAAAAAUUAAUCGUAAUUAAUCGCAAUUCAAACCAUCUAUAAAAUAUGCCAUAUUUUUCUAUAAAUUAUAUAUAUAUUCUGUAAAAUAAAUUGUUGAAAUGGAAAGAUAAGACACAAGAUGGAUAUAUACAUUCAACAUACGGUACAUAAGGACUGUAGUGGGCAUUUCACUCUACUGUCAUUUAAAUCUGGCUAUGCUGUCCUCACUCCGAAGCGUCUACUUUUUCCAAAGCUAGACAGCUAGUGAACGACACCUUAAUAAUCAGACUUCUUCCUUUUUCAUCUGAUUUAUUAAUAAAAUGGCCUCAAACCAUUGUCCUCUUUAGACCAUCGUAAAACUACAAAAAAAAGUACACAAGCAUUGCAUUAGUCUCAUACAAAAAAUAUAACAUUUCGCUUACUAACAUAAUAUGUACAUUCUUUACAACAACCAUACUUACGGACAAAUCUUGUCCAAGGAUCAUAUAAGCACAACAUUACAACGUAGGCGUCAGCCCGAGACAUCGUGCAGCCAUAUUGAACUGGCAAGAAAACAAUAAACCAUGUUGCAAAGCGACCACAAGAGUUCGCUGUUAGACAGCACAAAAAGCCUUGCUGUAAAACUUACCAAAAGGCAGAAUACUGUCUGAGCGGGACAUGUGGGUUAAUUGCGUCAAAUAUUUUAACGUGAUUAAUUUAAAAAAUUAAUUACCGCGCGUUAACGCGAUAAUUUUGACAGCCCUAGUAUUUAUACAUCUUUUGCAUUUUUUUCUUUUUUUAAAGAAGCAUCUAUAGCUUCCGCUCUAUCUGAGAAACAAAAAACAAAGCUCCAAACCCAUUUUAAAGCAAUAAAACUGGCCACUGGAGGGCAGUAGUGCAUUUUGUAAGACCCGCAACCCGGUGCAACAGCAAUGAAAGGCCCGGCUGCACGGUCGGAGCACUGGUGGCAUGAUGCCAGGCGGCGGACGACCGAACAAAACAAACGAGAGGAUGCUGAAAGAAGAGAGUCUAAUCUUUCUUUUGAUGGGUUCCAUGUUUAUAUAGCAAUAGAACAGAAUUUUGUGUGGGCCUUGCAAAAUCAGAAAAAAUUCAGUAAAACGGCCGGGAGCGAAGGGCCUUGCUCUGGUGAAAAUGGCUGGGAGUGAAUGAGUUUAUAAAGACAAGCAUUUUUAUACUGUAUUCCUGUUUGAAAAUAAUUCGGUGGG